AUAAAGCCGUGUUGGAGUCUGUAUUUUGUUGUUGUUGUUGUUGUUGAGAUAUUGAAUCCAUUCAUUCAAGCAACGUUUUUCAUCAACGUGUUGAAAACGUAAAAUAUUUUUGGACAACAGAAACCGCAAAAUAUAUCAUUCAAUUAAAGUCUCCACAAUCAACAUGGCUCAUCCUGAAAAAACAUCUGAUAAUUAUCGUUAUAAUAAUAAUAAUGGUAUUGAUCAGUCCCAGAAUUCUCGAAAUAUGAAUCCUUUUCAUCGUCAACAGUAUAAUCAAAACAAUAAUACAGAUCGUUAUAAUUAUCAUCGAGGACCGCAAAAUUCUCGUUUUAACAAUAAUUUUAAUCAUUUUAGAGAUCAAGAUAAUUAUGAUUCAAGAAGAUCCGGUAAUUAUAGUUAUAGAUCUGGAAAACAAUCUAAUCAUCAGUCAAAUGAAUUGCCACCGAGAUUUGCACGUAAUCGUCAAAUGAAUUCUAAUGAAAAUCAUUCUAGAAAUAACUAUCAAACUCGUUAUCGUAAUAACGAUCCCCAACAGCGAAUCCCUUAUGAUGAAUCUGAUAUGUACAAUCGUUUUAGCCGAAUGGAUAUGAACUAUGGUUCAAAUGAAAUCAAUCGUGAUGAUCGCUAUAAAACAUUUCGUGAUGAUGAUGGCUUAAGAAAUGUACCAAGUACAAGUCAUCAUCGAUCACAAGAUUUCCAUCAACGUCAUCAUUAUCAAGCUCCUAGAAAUCGAAUGUUAAUUGAUAAUCACAAUGGCAAACAUUCUACUCGUUCUAUGGAUAAUAACAAAACGGACAAAAGUCCGGUGAAAUCAGAUCUGGAAAGUCAACGUGAAAUUAUGGAUGAACUUUUGCGUAAAGCACAAUAUGAAUGUAUCAUAUGUUGUGAAAUGAUUCGUGUUCAUGAUCGAACUUGGAAUUGUAAUAAUUGUUUCAAUGUCUUCCACUUGAAGUGUACACAACAAUGGGCACGUAAAUCUUCAGUAGAUCCGAAUGAAGCAUCCACAUCUCAAGAUAAUAAGAAAAAGAAUCAACAGAUUCAAGAAUGGCGAUGCCCCACAUGUCAAACAGUGCAUCGAAAUUUUCCUCACCACUAUUAUUGUUUCUGUGGUGAAAUGAAAGAUCCAGAAACAAGUAAUUAUCGUGUACCACAUUCAUGUGGUGAAACUUGUUCAAAAAAUCUCGAAUUAUUCAAUAUCAAAAUUGAAAACGAAGAAUAUUUUGAAUGCAAACAUCGAUGUACUCUCAUGUGUCAUCCUGGAAAAUGUCCACCAUGUACGUUAAAAGUUGAACGAAUUUGUGCAUGUAGAAAAACCAAGAUGUCAUUGAAUUGUGCGGCAAAAUUGUCUGAUAUAAAAUGUUUAGAACUUUGUAAUAAGUUACUUGAUUGUGGUAAACAUCGUUGCCAGAAGAAUUGUCAUUUUGGUCAGUGUAAUCCAUGUGAAAAAAUUUUUGAAAUGAAAUGUUUUUGCGGAAAAAAAUCUCGUGAAGCUGUUAGUUGUAUCGAUCUUGAAUCUGGUUUUAGUUGCGAACAAACAUGUUCCAAGCCAUAUGAAUGUGGGUCACAUAAAUGUGAAAAACAAUGCCAUUCCGGUUCAUGUGGUUCUUGUCCAUUAAGUCCAGAAUUGGUCACUAAAUGUCCAUGUGGAAAAACUAUCCUUUCAAGUAUAGCCAAUCAACAGGCACGAAAAUCAUGCUUAGAUCCGAUUUCAAAUUGUGGAAAAAUUUGUGAUAAAAUUCUUUCUUGUGGUAGUGAUAAUAUUGAUAAGCCGCAUCAAUGUAAAUCAUUUUGUCACAGCGGUUCUUGUCCUCCUUGCGAUCAGACGACCAUUAUUCGAUGUAAUUGUGGAGCUAAUUCUCAGAAAUUGAAUUGCAGUGAGCUAGAAUCAAAAACAUUCAAAUGUAAACGAAAAUGCAAUAAGAAACUCAGUUGUGGUCGUCACAAAUGUCUUAAAGAAUGUUGUACGGAAAAGGAACAUUUCUGUAGACAAACUUGUGGCCGAAAACUCGUUUGUGGUAAGCAUACAUGCGAAGAACAAUGUCACCAAGUUUGCCGAAGUUGUCCAAAUGUUAUUUGGGAUGAAAUAACAUGUAAUUGUGGUCACGAAAAAUUAUUUCCUCCUCUUCCAUGUGGCACUUUAAAGCCACCAUGCAAACGACCUUGUUCCAGGAAACAUGGUUGUGAUCAUCUACCUUUACAUCCUUGUCAUGAUGAACCAGAAUGCCCACCUUGUAUUGAAUUCGUUAGCCGUCUUUGUUAUGGAGGGCAUGAAGUACGCGAAUCAGUUCAUUGUUAUGAAACAGGAGUUUCAUGUGGGCGUUUUUGCCAGAAACCAUUACCAUGUGGUUUACAUAAAUGUUCAAAAAUUUGUCAUAACGGUGAUUGUCCUGUCUGUACACAGAAAUGCAUCAAAAUACGUCUAAAUUGUUCGCACCAAUGUGGCUUGCCUUGUCAUCAAAGCUCAUCGGUAACUUGUCCUGAAAGUCCAUGUCGUGAAAAAAUUAGAAUCUAUUGUGAAUGUGAAUUCAAAUCCAAAGAAGUUGAAUGUGAUACUGUAUUGGAUUCCCGUCGAUUCCAACAACAUUUGGACGAUAUUUUACGACGAUUCAGUUUCAACUCAUCAAUCACAUUGGAUGAAAUGAAAGAAAUGGUACGCCAUAAUGUACGACAUUCACUUGAAUGUGACCAAGAUUGUGCACGCGAAAAACGUAAUCGAAAUCUAGCCGAUGCUUUUGGUGUGGAUUCAGAAGGCUUAACGAUAGGUGCUAAUCUUGUAAAAUAUUCAGAUCAAUUGAAAAAUGAAGCCCGUUCUAAUCCACAAUUCAUUAUGACUGUUCAUGAUAAAUUUGUUCAAUUAAUAGAUGCUUUCAAACAGUCUAACCAGAAAAUUAUGUGCUACAAUUUCCAACCAAUGAAUCGAAAUUUACGUGAAAUCAUACAUAAUUAUGCAGCACAUUUUGGAUUGAAAACUGAAUCGGUGGAUAAGGAACCAAAUCGUAGUAUAAUCAUAACGGCAAAUAAAAAUUCGGCUAUACCGAAAACCACACUAUUAGAAGCUGUCAAUAUUGAUGUUAAAGACUUACGACCGAAACAAAGUAUCGUCAAGUACAAAAAAGCAAGCGAAGAGAAUCGCAACAAAAAAGUUAUCAAUUACUUUGAUGAUUAGGAAUAUUGAAAAAUUUAUAAAAAAAUAAAUUUUUUUUAAAUGAA